GGUGAGCACAGGAGAUCAUAUACGAAAAUGAAUAUAAUUUUCUUUGUAGUAUGGUUUCUCUUUUAUGGACCAUCAACAUAUUCUGAGAAGAUUUUACAAAUGGAUGAAGUCAUAAUGGCUCAAGAAGGAGAGGAUGUGUCACUGCACUGCUUUCAUCCAAAAGAACAAAUAAACAGAGUUUUGUGGUACAAACAGACUCUGGGAGAGAAACCUGCUCUUUUAGUCUCUUCAUAUCACUGGACUGUAGAUAGUGUUAUUCAUGAAGACUUUAAAAAUACAGACCGUUUUAAAGUGGCAAGAGGGAUUGACAGCUAUAAUUUGACUAUUCUAAGAACUGUAAAAUCAGAUUCAGCCACAUAUUUUUGUGCUGGGUCUUUUGCCAAUGUUGUCUACUUUGGAACUGGAACUAAUCUGAUGCUUAGAGGUCCAAAUUUAAACGUCUUGAAGAUUCUGCAGCAACCCUCACCAGGAGUUACACUAUCAGGUUCAAAUGUGACUCUACAAUGUGCAAUCCAAAAUGAAAAACAGAGUUGUGGAGGCAAGCACAGUGUCUACUGGUUCAGACAUGGAUCACAAAAAUCCCAUCCAGGAAUCAUAUACACUCUGGGAGGAAGGGGAGAUCGGUGUGAAAACAGUUCAGUGGCUUGCUCUCCUACCCGGAGUUGUGUUUACACUCUCCCUAUGAGUAACAUCGGUCUCUCUGAUGCUGGGACAUACUACUGUGCUGUGGUUGUGUGUGAGGAGAUUUUAUUUGGACGUGGAAUUAAUUUGACCAUUAAUGAUGAACCUAAAGUACAGCACAUACAGUUCUACCCUUUAAUCGGCCUUGCAUUACUGAUGACCAUAAGUUUCAUCAUUAAUGUUUUACUUUGUGUAACAAUGGCGAAAGGCAAAAAAUCUCAAGUUCAGGCAUCGGCUGAUGUAAUGUCAAGUGCACAGUACAAUGUGUCCUCUGAUGUGAAUUAUGCUGCACUAAAACUCACAACCAAAAGCUCAAGACAGCAAAGAGAGAGGAGUCAAAAGCAGACUGUGUAUUCUGGACGGAUGUUUUAAGAUCACAUACAGAAUUUAUAUGUGCUGUAAAAUCUGUAUAAUUGUUGAUAUUAUUUGUUAACUAUUUGGACACUUAGUCUGAUUUGAUAAAUAUAUAGUCAUUAUUUAAUUUUUUGACCACAACAAAUAAUGCUUAAAAUCAUAGUUAUUUUUAUUUUUUAUCCCUAAUAAGAAUGUCACAAUAUAUGACAUGGGAGAAAACAAAAGCUAUGUACCCCAUUCUUGAAAUUGCAACUUUUUAAUUGCAAUGUU